UGUAAUAAAAAAUGAAUGACAUUUUUUGGUUGUAAAAUGUCAAACUACAGAGAAGUAGAAUUUUCCUUAUUUAGAAUAAAAUUAUGCCUGUAGUAAUCAACUUCGAGUCUUGAUAAUAUAUAAUUAUCAGUGACUGUACUUGGAGCCAAUUAAAAACUUGCUCGGGCGAAUUGACAAUUGGGCUCGUGCAUUUGCAUCUACGGCUCGAAAAUUCCGAUGGUUUCGAAAGCAUAUCAAUCUCGUCGAGGAACGAAAUCUGUUCCCGCAGCCUCGUGAAGUUAUCUUUGCAAGCGCGCAUGAGUUGUUACGCGCACGUCCACCCGGUUCGACGACUAUUUGGUUGUCGCGGAACCUCAAAAUUCGCAAGUGCAAGCACGAUGCCAAUGGCCUGGGAACAUUCAGCUUGGAUGAGCGAUGUCCUGGGAUGACAAGCUGGUCGAAAAAUUUCUGCUGGAGUACCGUAAACACGAGUGUCUGUGGAACCCGUUUCAUCGGCAAUUUCACGACUGCUCGGUCAAAGGCGAGGCUUUGAAGGAGGUCGUCGGCAGCUUGCAACUCGGAGUUGGUGUGCAGGACUGCCUGAGGCUGCUCAGGUGCAUCCGAGAGCAGUACGUCGAGGACCAGACGAGGAGCUUGCCGAGGCGGCGGGGCAGCGCGCGCCAGCCGAGAUGGAUGCGGCGCGUGGACUCGAUGCUGGAGAAAACAGUUCGCGACGAGGAGCGCCGAUCCGAUGAGCCCGCACCCGGCCGCGAGAGAGCCACGCUCGACAUCGUCCGUCGUCGCAGCAUCCCGUCGAGGAGGCGCAAGUGCGCGCCUAGGGCUCGGGCGCCAGCGUUCGCCGAGGGCCGCUGGGUGAGGUCGAGGCGAGGCCGCGGGGAGCGUAGGCGUGGCAAGCUGGAGAGGUGCGCCGGCGGCUGCUGCUGCUGGUGCUGCCGCGAUGCCGCGCAGGCCGCGGAGCCCUGCCGAGUCGCCGCGGGUCCGCGGGUUUGCGGGCGCUCGCACGCCCACGAGCCGCAGCGGCGCCCGCUCGGCCAGGACUGCGUGCGACCGGCGCCGUCGAGCUGGUGCGGCCGUCGCGACCGCUACUUGGACGAGCUGUCGCGGGCCGAGCCGCCCGAGUGUACCGACGCGGGCUCGCGCUACGGGCGCAGGCGGCACGCCGACAUCCAGCCGACGCUCCCGGAGUGGCGCGGCAAGUCGCCGUCUCCCUGCUCGAGGGAGGCCAAACCCGUGCCCGGCGCCUGCUCCAAGGACGACCGCGCCAAGCCGCCGUCGCCGUGCUCGAGGGACGGCAAACCCGUCCUUGGCGCGGACGCCUGUGCGAGGAACACCUGCGCGAUCCCCGGCCGGAGCCGCGCCAAGUCGCCGACGCCGUGCUCGAGAGACAGCAAGACCGUCGCCGGCGCGGACACCUGCACGAGAGACACCUGCGCGAUCCUCGGCCAGAGCCGCGCCAAGUCGCCGACGCCGUGCCCGAGGGACGGCAAACCCGUCCUUGGCGCGGACGCCUGUGCGAGGAACACCUGCGCGAUCCCCGGCCGGAGCCGCGCCAAGUCGCCGACGCCGUGCUCGAGAGACAGCAAGACCGUCGCCGGCGCGGACACCUGCACGAGAGACACCUGCGCGAUCCUCGGCCAGAGCCGCGCCAAGUCGCCGACGCCGUGCCCGAGGGACAGCAAGCCCGUCCUCGGCGCGGACGCCUGCGCGGAUGCCGGCCAGAGUCGCGCCAAGCCGUCGCGCGAGGAGGACUGGCCGUCGAACCGCGUGGCAGCGCGCUUCGAGAACGGCGUGCUCGAGGCCUACUCGCAGCUCAAGGUGGUGGUGUUCCCGGGGCAGCGCGACGAGCGACUGGAUGCCGCGAAGCGCUGCCGCGCGCGCCGGGUGCAGACCGACGCGUGCACGCGCGAGCGCGCCGUGGGCGUGUGCAGUCGGGAGCUGCUGCACUCCGGCGGCCGGCGGCCGCGCCACGACUACGUGCUGCUGACGCCCGGUGGCAAGUACGUGCCGCUGGUGCGCGACGCCGAGGCCGACGGCGGCCUCGGCGGCGUCGACGGCGACGAGCGGCGCCGCGGACCCGAGCUCACCCAGCGGCGCUUCCCCGUUGCAGCGCCGGACGGCGACGGCUGCCCGCCGACGACCGCGGAGCUGCUGCUGCGCUGCCUCGAGCGCGUGCUCGGCGCCGAGGGCCAGCACCGCCCGGCCGAGUCGCCCGCGGAGGCCUGCCUGCCCUGCCUGGAGCAGCGGCUGCGCGCCCGCGGCGAGCUGGCGCACGACCUGCUAGAGAUGCUGCGGUGCGCGCUGGGUCUGGACUACGCGCGCGGGGGCCGCGCCGCCCGCGACGGUGCGCUUGCCGGUGAGGCGCCGGCUCGGUGA